UGCAGAGAAUGGUGGGGAGAGUUGAUAAUCUCACUUCUUUGGGAAUAUAAAAUAUUCCCAUGGAUUCAGAGGCACUGGGAGGGCCUGGGAACUCAUUCCCAGCCUGGAAUUUUAUCUCCUGCUGCAGCUCUGGCAACAUUUCUGUCCAGCUGCACAACGAAGCAGCUCAGGGAAGUGAUCCAGCUGUGCCCAAAGUUCUUGCACACCAACUCCACCAGCCACACCUGGCCCUUCAGUGCAAUUGCAGAGCUCAUAGACAACGCCUAUGAUCCAGAUGUGAGCGCCAAACAGAUCUGGAUCGACAAGACCGUCAUCAACGACAACAUCUGCCUGACCUUCACCGACAACGGCAACGGCAUGAACUCUGAGAAACUGCACAAAAUGCUCAGGUGGGAGCUCCUGACCCCUGCCUGCUGCAGGUUCCCCCUCUGCUUCUGCUAUUGCUCACUGCAUUCCUGUUUCUCAUCCCUAAUUCACUGAUUUUGCUGAUAAAUUCAGCAGUUCUGAAGGUUCUAAAGGUGCAGGUGAGACUCCAGAGCAGGCAGGUGCUGCUGAGGCUUCCUUGGAACUUUGUCAGGGAGCUUUUACCUCAUAAUUUCCUUUUAUCCUUUCUCUCAGCCUUCCCUUUAUGCUGUGGAAACUCUGUGGUGGCUGCUAGUGGAGCUAAGGAGAAUUCAAAUAUUUAUUAUUACUUUUAUU